AUGAAUAUUCUCAAAGUGAUGAUGUUUAUGUUUGUGGUGAGUGUGGUGUUACAGGUUGCUCAUGGACAAUGCAUUACAAAGGAGAGGGAAGCACUCCUUCAAUUCAAGGCUGCCAUUGUCGAUCACAGCGGCAUUCUCUCCUCUUGGACCACUCCCCACUGCUGCCAAUGGGAGGGGAUUCGCUGCAACAACCUCACCGCCCAUAUUGUAAGCCUCGACCUUCAUGGAGAAGUUCAUUAUGAAUAUUUUUCUGGUGGAAAUUAUGAAGUCUCUCAACGUUAUAUCAGCGGAAAAAUUCACAAGUCCUUGAUGAAGUUGUCACAAUUGAAGUAUUUGAACCUCAGUUCCAAUGCUUUUCGAGGUACUCAAAUUCCAGACUUUCUUGGUUCUCUAAGAAACUUGAGAUACCUUGAUCUGUCUUCAUCUCUUUUUGGUGGAAAAAUUCCAAGCCAGUUAGGUUCUCUUUCUCGUUUGAAAUACUUGAAUCUUGCUUUCAAUUAUUAUUUGAAGGGUUCAAUCCCUCCGCAACUUGGAAAUCUUCCUCGAUUGCAGUAUCUUGAUCUCAGAGGCAAUCUUUUAGAAGGAAGUUUACCAUCUCGGCUUGGAAAUCUCUCCCAGUUGCGGUAUCUUGAUCUUGAAGACAAUUUUUUUGAAGGAAGUGUGCCAUCUCAGCUUGGAAAUCUCUUCCAGUUACAGUAUCUUGAUCUCAGUCUCAACUCUUUUGAAGGAUACAUACCAUCCCAAUUUGGAAACCUUUCAAAUCUGCAUGAGCUUUAUCUUGGAGGUCUCACUGUUCUCAGUGGUGAUCAGUGGCUAUCUAAUCUUAUUUCUUUAACCCAUCUUUCCUUGGAUUUUAUAUUUAACCUUAACAGUUCUCCUGGUCCUCUUCGAAUGAUUUCCAAGCUACCAAAAAUAAGAGAACUGAGUUUAAUUAAUUGUGGUCUUUCCGAUCAUUUUCUCCUUUCAUUCAACCCUUCCAACUUCAAUUUUUCUACUUCCCUUUCUAUUCUUGAUCUUUCUCACAACUCCUUCACGCAAUCAACGAUAUUCCAGUGGCUGUCAAACACCACUUCCAACCUUGUUGAGCUUGAGCUUCGAGGUAACCUCUUGAAGGGUUCUACCUCAAAUCCUUUUGGCUUGACCAUGAAUUGGCUUGAGCACCUUGACGUCUCCCAUAAUAUGUUCAAGGGCGAGGAUAUGAAAUCAUUCAUGAAUACAUGCACCCUUCGUUCUUUAUACAUGUCUAGAAACAAUAUGACCGAAGACCUUUCGUCAAUUCUUCAUAAUUUAUCCAGUGGUUGUGUUAGAUAUUCACUACAAGAGUUGAGUUUGACAUAUAAUGAAAUCACAGGCUCCAUAACUGACCUUUCAGGAUUCUCAUCUUUAAAAACAUUGGAUCUUUCUAACAAUAAAUUGAGUGGGAAGAUACCUGAAGGCAUCAGAUUGCCAUCUCAAAUGGAGCAGUUGUCAAUUGGGUCUAACUUAUUAGAAGGUGGUGUUCCAAAAUCGUUUGGGAGCACAUGUAGUUUGCAGUCGUUGGAUUUGUCUGACAAUAAGUUGAGUGAAGAUCUGACAAUCAUAUUUAAUCAUUUGUCUGACUAUUCUAGAUACUCAUUGCGCGAACUAUAUCUCAAUGAAAAUAAAUUCAAUGGCCCAGUACCUGAUUUCUCAAUAUUUUUGAAGCUGGAAAUGUUGGAUCUAUCAGGAAAUCAAUUAAAGGAUGGAGUUCCAAAAUUGAUUUACAAUGCUAGUGUUUUGCGUAUAUUGGACCUAUCCAAUAAUAGUUUGAGUGAAAAUCUUCCAGCAAUGAUACAUCACCUGUGCCAAUAUGCUAGAUACUCAUUGCAACGUUUAGAUCUGAGCAUGAAUCAAAUUAGCGGAACUUUGCCCAACACCCUCUCCAUGUUCUCAUCAUUAAAAAGGUUGUACCUUGAUAAUAACAAGCUGAAUGGGACAAUUUCUGAAGAUCUCCGAUUUCCAACAGAACUUGAAGUUCUCCAUGUGAUGUCAAACUCUUUGAAAGGUGUGAUUACUGACUCUCAUUUUUCUAAUAUUUCAAAGUUAAGGACACUGGUGUUAUCAGAUAACUUGUUGACGGUAAAAUUUAGUCAAAAUUUGGAUCCAUCUUUUCAAUUGACUAAUAUUGCAUUAAGAUCUUGCAAACUAGGUCCAUUAUUUCCCAAAUGGCUAGAGAAACAAAAUGAACUUAGAAGCCUUGACAUUUCAAAUAAUGGAAUAUCAGACACUCUUCCAAAAUGGUUUUGGGCUAAAUUUGCAUUGCAAGAGAGGAUAAAUAUCAAUAUUUCAUGUAACAAUAUACAGGGUGUGAUUCCAAAUUUGUCACUAGAGAAUCGUUUUGAUUCUCUUAGUCUUGCAUCAAAUCAAUUUGAAGGAUCUGUUCCACUAUUUUUACGAGACUCGAUUUAUCUUGAUCUAUCCAAUAAUAACUUUACAGAUUCUCUUUGGUUUUUAUGUUCUGGCGGUGUAGCUGGAACUUUAUACCAAUUAGAUCUUUCAAAUAAUAACUUUUCAGGACAAAUUCCAAAUUGUUGGACUCAUUUCAAGUCAUUGGCUUAUUUAAACAUGAGUCAAAAUAAAUUUUCAAGAAAUAUUCCUUUUUCAAUGGGAUCACUCCUUGAACUUCAAGUUUUGUUAUUGAGAAGCAAUAACUUAAUAGGUGAAAUCCCUUCCUCCUUAAAGAAUUGCACAAAGCUAGUAAUGGUAGAUAUGGCAGAAAAUAGAUUAUCAGGAUCUAUCCCAAAAUGGAUUGGAGGGAAAUUCCUAGAGUUGCAAUUUUUGAGUUUAAGAAGCAAUUACUUCUAUGGAAGCUUACCAUUGGAAAUUUGUUAUCUAAAAAGCAUUCAACUCUUGGAUCUCUCGUUAAACAACCUAUCUGGUCAAAUUCCUAAAUGUAUAAAAAACUUCUCCUCAAUGACUCAAGUGACUUCUUUGAGAGAUUAUGAAGAUCAUUGGUAUUUGGCCAACACCACCUACGUCGAAAUUAUUUCAUACAAUUUGAAUGCAGUUUUGAUGUGGAAAGGGUCAGAUCAAAUGUUCACAAAUAAUGGAUUAUCACUUUUGAAAAGCAUUGAUCUCUCAAACAAUCUAUUUUCAGGAGAAAUUCCAAAAGAAGUGGAGGACUUAUUUGGUUUGAUUUCACUGAAUUUAUCAAGAAACAAUUUGACGGGGAAAAUUCCAUCAAAUAUUGGAAAGUUAACAUCACUUGAAUUUCUUGAUUUGUCAAGAAACCAACUUGUUGGUUCAAUUCCUUCAAGUCUUGCUCAAAUUGAUCGACUCACUACAUUAGAUUUGUCACACAAUUAUUUAUCUGGAAAAAUUCCAAUUGGCACACAAUUACAGAGUUUUGAUGCAUCGAAAUAUGAAGAUAAUGUUGAUCUUUGUGGACCACCAUUAAAGAAAUUGUGCAUUGAUGGAGUGCCAAGAAAAGAGCCAAUUGUUAAAUUACAAGAGAAUGACAAUUUGAUUUUCAAUCGUGAAUAUUAUAUAAGUAUGGCAAUUGGAUUUAUUAUAAGCUUUUGGGGAGUAUUUGGUUCAAUUUCAGUAAUACGUUCUUGGCGUCAUGCAUAUUUUAAGUUCUUAAGUAAGUUAUCAGACACUCUUCAUAUUGUGGCACCAUUGAAAAUUUUCAAGAGGUGGAUCAGAAUAUAA